GUCUGAUGUUUUGGUUUAGAGCUAGCAGCUAACGGCUAACAGUUAGCAGUUAUUAUACAGCAAAAACAGACAUUUAAACGCUCUACAAACUGACUCCGUCCUCCAUGGGAACCGAAACGACGGAGCUGCCGGAGGAUGCGGUGGGAAGGCGGGUGUCCUGCGGAGGGGAGCGGGCCACGGUCCGGUUCGUGGGCCCGGUACCACCCACGACAGGGCUGUGGCUGGGAGUGGAGUGGGAUAAUCCCGACAGAGGAAAACACGACGGCAGCCAUGAAGGAGUCUCAUACUUCACAUGCAGACAUCCUACAGGCGGCUCCUUCGUCCGUCCAGUGAAGGCCAGCUUCGGUGUGGACUACCUGGCUGCUGUCCGACAGGUGUAUGAGAUGGACACAGAAGAUGUGCUGAGUGAGGACGUCUCCUCCUCCUCCUCCAAAAGGAUCAAGUGGUUCAUCAAGGAGCGCAGUUUUCAGAGUCUGACGUCGGUUCUGCUGGGCGGCCGUGAGGUGAACGGCUGUGGGGCCGACGGGGAAAUCAGGAAAACAACACCCAACGUGGAGUGGUUGGACCUCAGUGGGACACUGCUGUCCUGCUGGGAGGACGUGUCCUCCAUCACUGAGCAACUGGUCCGACUGGAAGGACUACAGCUCAGCUCCAACAGACUGACUUUGCCCUCCGACUGCUUGGCUCACCGCCACGCUUUCUGCAGUCUGAAGGUCCUGGUCCUCAACAGCAGCCAGCUCACCUGGCCACAGAUCCUGCAGAGCGCCCUCAUGUGGCCACAGGUGGAGGAUCUGAGUGUGGAGGACAACGACAUCACAGAGCUGCAGAGGCCACAGGGAGUUCUGCAGUCCCUGAAGAGUCUCAACCUGUCCAGAAACCCUCUAGAGCAGGACAGUGUGCUCAGCAUUUCAGCUCUGCCCAGACUGGAGAAGCUGAGUUUGUCCAACACCGGUGUGUCUGUCCUUCGACUGGAAGACGCUGCUCCUGGGUCUCAGACGUCCGUGUUUCCUGCUCUGAAGAAUCUCAACCUGGACAACAACAACAUCACUGAGUGGGACGUGGUGAACGAGUUGGACAAGCUUCCCAGUUUGGUUCAGUUUUCGUGUCGUGGCAACCGACUGGUGAGCAGCGACGGAAACCCCAGAACAGCCAAUCAGAUGCUGAUCGCCAAACUGGGACAACUGGUGACCCUGAACAGCUGUGAGAUCCACCAUGAGGACAGGAGGGGGGCGGAGCUUGACUACAUCAAGAUGUAUGGAGAGGCGUGGCUGAAGGCUGGGGGGCGGAGUCAGAUCAGCGCUGAGUUCAGCUCCCAGCAUCCUCGUUACCAGAAACUCAUUGACAAGUAUGGAGCUCCUGAAGAAGGUGAGCUGAAGAAGAUGGAGCCUUCUACCCUCAAAAAUCAGCUGUUAAAGAUUACGUUUGUGUUUCCGGAGGACGCUGGCCGGAAGCCGAUUGAGAAGAAACUUCCAGCCUCCAUGGUGGUCCAGAACGUCAAGGGCCUCCUGUACAGACUGCUGAAGGUCCCUGCAGCAGAUCUGAAGCUCACCUACUCCAGCCCCAAGAUGGUGGGGACAGAGUUUGAGAUCGACAGCGACCUGAAGACGCUCCAGUUUUACUCCAUCGAGGACGGAGACCAGGUUCUGGUCCGCUGGUCCUGACCCAGACCAGAGUCUUCUGAUGGACCUCAGCUGGUUCUGUCUUCCAUCAUUAUUGGAGGAGAACCACAGACUGACUCUGAGAGGAGGAUCAGCUGCAGGAGAUGUUUCCAUCAGACUGGCAGAGACGUGUUCCACGGUGGAGUGUAGAAGAUCACUUCAACAUGCAGGAUUUAAAUGACUUCAUGAGCAGCAAAUGCACUGAGAGACGGAGGUUUCAGCAGCAAAUAAUCCUGAGGACAGGCCUGAAAAGGACUUGUAGAUGCUGCAGAGUGGAAUAGAGUCCUAUUAAAGCCACCCCACCUCCACGUAGAUGACCUCUGAAUGGGGCUUCAGGCGUUUAGUUUUUAUUCAUGCAGCAACUUUUCUACUACAGCCGAAAUAAUAAUAAUAAUAAUAACUGUUUUCUGCUGCAUGCUGAUUUGUCGGCUUGAUUUUCGUUCAGGAUUGUGUUGUCAGUCAUCACAGAAUCAUAUCAAAUGAAAUGACAUUUAAAAACCUAAUAAACCAGAGACCUUUUACUGGC